GAAGAAAGCAGUUCGUUAUGGGGUCAGCCGUGCGUCUGCGAGAUCAUCGAGUCGAUGGAAAGAGACCUUUGAGUUGUCUUUGAAUACCGUCUGUUGUUCUACCUCUAUUCUUACCCUCGAGCUACUGCAGGUUCUGAAUGUCCACCUCCGAGGUUCCUUCGACCGAACUCCCCGCACCCGAACCCAGGAAGGUUCGUGGACCGACCAAGACUGACAACAUGAAUGAGAUCACUUUCAACAGGGAACGUCACAUCAAGUACUUCCUCCGAUGCCUCAAGACGUUUCUUCCAGAACCCUACACAUCCAAUGACUCCAAUCGCAUGCUUCUCGCCUUCUUCACUGUUGCCGGCCUCGACCUUUUAGGCGUACUCCAAGACAAGACCACCUCCGAAGAGCGACAAGGGUAUAUCGACUGGAUCUAUCACUGCCAGGUGCCUACAGGGGGCUUUCGAGGUUUCACUGGGACAGACUUUGGGGUGGAAUCUCGAUCUCCAGUGAAUGAAGCUUGGGAUCCAGCCAAUGUGCCGUCCACGUUCUUUGCGCUUGUCAUCUUGGUUAUCCUAGGCGAUGAUCUAUCACGAGUGAAGCGCAUAGAAUGUCUGCAAUGGCUCCCUCGGCUGCAGCGCGAGAACGGCAGUUUCGGCGAAGUGUUAGGGCCUGGAGGCAAGAUAGAGGGAGGUGGAGACUUGCGUUUCUGCUGCUGCGCGGCAGGGACGAGGUAUAUCCUAAGGGGACUUGGUGGCGCAGACAUACAGGGGCUGAGUGAUAUCGAUGUAUCCAAGAUGGCAGCCUUCGUUCAGGCUUGUCAGGCUUAUGACGGCGGCAUGGGAGAAGCGCCGUUUUGCGAAGCACACUCCGGCCAUACCUAUUGCGCGAUGGGCGCUUUGUCCUUUCUAAGUCGAAUGGAGAGGAAUCAUCCCCUGCCAGCAGUACUCUCACCUGGUGCGAUGGAGUUCGAGUCCUUGGUCCGUUGGUUGAUCUCCCGACAGACGGCCGAGCUUGGUGAAAUAGAGGAAGAGUCUGAUGAGGACGACGAAAAGUGUGAGACUGGUGAAGGUCAGAAACCAUUACCAGUAGCGGCAGGCCAGGUUGUCAGCCCUGAAACAGAGGUGGAUGAACUCCCUGCCCUUUUACCGCCAACAGAGGAGUCAUUGCGAUGGGCUGGCUUUAAUGGCCGAUGCAACAAGAACGCCGACACAUGUUAUUCUUUCUGGAAUCUGGCGACUCUGGUUAUGAUGGACCGGCUAGCGCUGGUCGACGCGGAUCGGAACCGCCAAUAUCUCUUGGACAAGACGCAGCACAUCAUUGGGGGAUUUGGGAAAGGCGUUGGGGAACCACCUGAUCUUCUACACUCCUACUUUGGCCUGGUGGCCCUUGCGUUUCAAGGCGAAGAAGGGCUGGACGAUGUUGAUCCAGCGCUGUGUAUCAGCCAACGGGCAGUGGACCACCUGCACUCUCUUCCCUGGUGGCAAGAGAAUAUUUGAACCAGUAGAUACUAGACUAACGGACAAGAUAACGGGGUGCUGAGGAACAGUGCCCCUGAUCGUCGGCCAGUUUCACUACCCACGAUUGGUAUAUAAAUCAACAGACGAGACACCGUGCCCUAGCUCCAGCACGUUCAUUAGUUGCUCCAGAUUUCGAUGUUCGCUGGCGGUCUUGACGACCGAGUAUGUGACUCGGAAGAUGCAACUGUCAUAAACUCAGUGCCGCAAAAGACAAUGAUGGUGUGACGUGAAAACCAUUGGCGACAAUGGUGUAUGUGGCGAAUUAGGUGGGAAGCAUUUAGCAGUUUCAAAUUGAUUUUGGUCAGGGCAGG